AUGAUGAAUGGUUUAUUAUCUGAUGAACAAAGAAAAUUAGUGGUAUGUAUUAUAAUUUAUUUCAUUAUUUGAUCUCAUUCUAACCAUGGGUUUAAUAGGAGGCAAAUAGACAAAAAACUUUGGAAAGAUUAGGUAGAAAGAAGAAACCAAAACAAUCACAACCUGAAGAAGUUGUUUCAGAAUCAUCUUCUAAUAAACGUCCUAUUAAUCAAAUUAUUGAUACUCCAGUACAAUCGAAAUCUAAAUUUGUUGAAUAUGAUCAAGAUGGUUCAAUUAAAAGACCCAAAGUUUUAACUCAAGAACAGAAACAAAAAAUAGAACAAAAUAGAUUAAAAGCAAUUGAAAUUCAAAAAAGAUUACGUGAUAAAGAAUUAGGUAUAGAAACACCUCCUAAACCGCAAGAUUAUAUCAAAGAUAUUGUUAGAUUAAAUAAAAAUGAACCGGAUCCAGAAACUAAACAACGUUUUAUACCACCUCCAAUUAACAGAAAAGACUAUAUUGAUUAUGAUUUUGCUACUAUGCAAGAUUCAAAAGGUGGUUUUUUACCAGAUGAAAUUAAACAAGUUGAUGAAGAAAAUUUUCAAGAAUGGCAAGAUAAACAAAAAGAAUUACAAAAAUUUAAAGAAGCUCCUCCACCAAUGGAUUUAAAUCAAUUACCAAAAUGUUUUGAAUGUCAAUCUGUUGAUAUAGAUUUAAAUUUAUAUCAUAAUUUUAAUAAAGUUAAAGCUUGUAGAAAAUGUAUUAAAGAAAAACCUGAUAAAUAUUCAUUAUUAACUAAAACUGAAUGUAAAGAAGAUUAUUUAUUAACUGAACCUGAAUUAAAAGAUUUACUGAUAUUACCAAGAAUUGAGAAACCAAAUCCACAUGGUUAUAGUAAAAUGCAAUUAUUUUUAAGAUUUCAAGUUGAAGAAUUUGCAUGGAAGAAAUGGGGAGGACCAAAUGAAUUAGAUCAAGAAUAUGAAAGAAGAGAACUCAAUAAAUUAAAAAGAAAAGAAAAGAAAUAUCAAGAUAGUUUAAAAGAAAUGAGAAAGAAAACAAGAGCCGAAGAAUUUACUAGAAAAAUGAGAGGAGACGGUAAAUCAAUAGGAGAGAAACAUGUGCAUGAUUGGUCAGCACCUAUAAAUAUACUGGAUAAUAUAAUAAAAAGAAGAUGUAUAGAUUGUGGUAUAGAAACUGAAGAAUUUGUAAUAAUGUAA